AUGGAAGUUUGGCUAGCUCGACGGCGACUGUCGCUCCUUGUGCUCUGGGUUCACGUGUGUUGGGCCGUUUCGCCGUGGCCCGGCUUGGUCGCAGACGAGAAUGGCACUCUGCACAUUCAAACGCCCGUGGCGGGCGCAAAGGUCUACUUCAACGGGGUGGAUCUGCUGGCCAAGCUGGCGCGCCUUGAGAGUCAGCUGGCUUACCUCAACAGAACCAGCGCCACCCCUGCUGCCCCGUGGUCCAUGCCGACAGCCCAUGUGCUGAACCUGGGCAGCAUUGGCCCGCCCAAGACCUUUGAGGUGGCUGAUCUGGACGGGGACAACUACCCAGACAUCAUCACGGCCGAUGCCACCUCCACCAUCUUCUGGCAACGCAACCUGCACAAUCUCACCUUUGCCGAGCCUCAAUACAUUGACAUCAGCACCCCGGGGACCGUCGUCAAGUUGGUCAUUGCCGAUGUCAACUUGGAUACGAAUCUGGACGUGUUUACCGUCGAUUCUGUGGGCAACGUCUUGUUGUACGUCAACCUUGGUCUGGGCUCCUUUGGCUCCCGAGUCCCCGUCUCCGAUUCCACAGGCAUCACCGAGGCUGCUGCUACCGACCUUAACAACGAUGGGCUCCUGGAUCUGGUCUAUGCCUCUGCCGUGCAUUCUAUCAUUGGGUGGCGACGAAAUUCCAAUGGAGUCAGUUUUGCUGAGGAUGAUUAUUCCAUCGAUUCUGGAGCCUUAUCCGUCUCGUCCCUGGCCCUCGUUGAUCUCGACGCCGAUGGCCACAUUGACAUUGUGAGCGGCAACUUCCAGAUCAACGGCCUCCGCUGGUCCCGCAAUCUGGAUGGAAAUGGCAGUUUUGCCCAAGCCGUGAGCCUCACCACCAACGCCUCAGCGCCCACUCUUGUGGCGAUUGGGGACCUGGACGGUGAUGGGUGGGUGGAUGUGCUCAGUGCUAGCGGUUUUGUCAACGCGAUUCAAUGGUUUCGCAAUCUUGGCCAUGGAUCUAUCGACCCCGCCCCGCGUCCCAUUGCCCAUGCCGGCGCGGCCCCGCAGCUCACGUCCUUGGUUGUGGCCGACCUCGACAGCGAUGGUGAUCUGGACGUGCUGAGCACCCUCCCCAAUGCCGAGACAGUGGCAUGGUACGUCAACGACGGCGCCGGCAAUUUCAACACCAUGCGCCCCCUCACCACCACCCUACUUGACGCACGAAACUGCCGAGUCAGCGAUCUCGACCUCGACCAGCGCCCCGACGUCAUUGCUUCCGGCAGCAACCCCGGCGAGCUAUACUGGUUUCACAACACGGGGUGGUCCAGUACUUGACCCCUGCUUCUUGCGACCCGCCUCACCUUUUAUUCCUCUCUGAUCACCUCUGUUACUAAUGAUUGAUGAAACAUCCGAUAUACUCUUGAUGAUAACAACAUGUAAUUGAUGAUGG